AAAAAAUAUUGCACCAACUGCAAAAUGGCCAAUCACAACACUGUAGAUUGUACCAGAGGCAGUAAGAAAGAAGGUCACAAGACCUUGCAGAUGGUGCCAGGAGAUGCAUUUGGACAAAGACUGCCCCACUAGAAUUUGCAGCAGGAAUGACAAUGGCUAUGUCACUGCCACCAAUCAAGGACAGGCUGUGUUCAGAGACGUCUUUGGCAUUGCCGAGUUUGACACUCCUUGCCAAUACUGCAGCGGCCAGCAUCUCAGCACCAACUGCCCCAAUACCGUCGAGCAACCUGUAGACCAAUACCAAUACCAACGGUAUCCUGCACAGCCAGUGCAAUACGUGCGGCCGGUCAAGAGUCUCUGGGAUGUUUGCGAUGAGAUUGAUGAGGAGUUCGUUGUUGGAGAUCCUUGGUAUCCGGCCACGAGAUUCGGCGCUGUGAAUCCGAAUCAGUUUCCCACGCACUACACCCAGGGGGUUUGUGCAGCUGUGUACCACCAGCAGAAACAGUAUGUGGAUAGGGAUGGCGAUUGCUAUAUGGAUAUGAUGGAUGGUGAAUGGGAGAAUCCUAAUAUUUGUCGAUGGUAAGUAGGAAUGUGGGCUGGUCCCAAACUUACCCAGGUAGGUAGACUUCAGCUUGAAGCUUUUAAUGUG